GGAGCACUCAUAAUUAUUGACUAGAAAAAUAAUAACAAUAAUAAUUAUAGUUAUUUAGCUGGCCAUGUGUGAAGCUUAAACCUAUAUAACUCCCUUUAACCCGUGUGUUACUCUCCAUCAUUCCAAACAACUAAUGCCAUAAAAUUACAUCCUUAAAUCUAGCUAACUACCAAAUUUUAUGUACUUGUACGUGUACCAUCCAUUAAAGAUCUAGUGCUUACAACAAUAUAUUUCAUUUUUAUGAUUUAUAUCAACUUCGUCGAUAAUUAAUCUCUCUUUUGUAUCCUCGCAACCACCCUUAACUCCCCCCUUCCUCAAGUGGGAGGUAAGGGUGAUCCGGAGGUGCAAAAGCGAGAACAAUCAUAUUGAUAUUGGUAUUGAUAUUCGUAUACGUUUCGUGCAAUGGAAACGAUGAUGCAAUGGGAAAAUGGUAUGAUGAUAAAGAACAAGCCGACAUCGAUAUCAUCCUCAUAUUCAUAUAUGGAGUCUGAAGUCAUAAUGUCUAAGUUUUGUCAAGGGAUAUCGAGGGUCCUCUUCAAAUGGAAUGGCUUGCAAAUGGCCAUCCAAAAUGAAUGGGGUGGCCAUGAUUCUAACCAAAAGUCCCAACAACUUGUUUUUGAUAUCUUCUCUUGGUUUUGUCAAUCUAAAGGUUCAUUAAGUGUAGAAGAAUUAGAAAAUUUUCUACAUGAAACUAUGUUAUUUUCUUUCAACACUGACAUUGAAGAUGGAAGCAUUGAAGAGGUUGCAGAGCAAUUGAUGAACAUGCAUGAAGGAUGCUUGAACGGGUGCUAUACAUAAGUUGCAACUUUCAAGCUUAGUCAUCAAAUCUACUAAUUACUUCAACUUGAAGAUCAACUAGUAUAGUAGGGUGCUCAAAGCUAAGGCCAUAUGAUGAUGAAUUGAUGAGGACCUAUUCGUCGAAAACAUGGAAAGGGCAAGAAACAAUUGAGGAGUACUCCCUCCGAUCUUUUUGGUUUCUUAGAGUCGUAUUAUUUUUGACAGUUGCAUCAAGAUCCGUAUCCAUGUAUUGUGUAGGGUAGACUACACAAAUUAGAGAGUUUGUAAAAUUGUAAUAUUGCCAAUUUGCCAUGUAUGAUGUCAUGGUACUCGAAAUUCAAUAGAGUGCUAAGACUCAUCUCAAGUUUUUGCGAUUUUUACUGAAUGAUUUUUAUUCAUUCAAUGAUUAGUUUAUUUAGACUUUUACUUCCUCUGGUUUUAUUUAAUUGUCACCGUUUGACUUCUACACUAUUCACACACUAAAUUUUGAUUCGAUUUUGUGAUU